AUGACCAUCGAAGCCAAUGGAAGUGCCACGAGCGGCCACCAAGAGGCAUUUGUUGACGGCUCAGUGGCAAUUUCAGCCAAUCUUCCAGAAUUGGUCCCAGGUCUGCUAGAGAAGAUCGCUGCCUCUGGCAACGCCUUUGUUUCCAAUGAUCCCAAGGCUCGUACUGAGCUUCUUGAUGCCGCACGUUCCCUCGUUUAUGCUACAGAAACCCCCAGGGAGACUAUGAUUCGAGUAUCAUGGUCACAAUCUACAUUGUAUGCCUGUAUUGAGACUGGCGUUGAUUUGGGUCUUUUUACUGCUCUGUCAGGAGAUGACAAACCCAAGACUGCUGACUCGCUGGCCAAGGCCGUUGGCGCUGAGCCAAGAAUGCUUGCUCGUAUUUUGAAACAUCUCUGUGCUAUGGGUGUAAUCCUGGAGACUGGACCCGAUGAGUACCGUCGAACUGGUUUCUCGAUUUCUCUCAUGUCAGAGCGCUAUAGCGACGCCUACCCAUGCAUUUUCCUGAUUAGCACCGAUUGCAUCACAGGUGGUAUCAUGGCUCUCCCGGCCCACCUAAAGAAAAACAACUAUCGCAACCCUUCGAACGGCACCGAUUGCGGCUUUCAACUUGGAUAUCGCACCACAGAUCACUGCUUUGAGUUCCUCAAGAACCACCCUGUCGUGGCCAAACAAUUCAAUAAUCACAUGUCUGCGUACCACCAGGGUCGUCCCAGUUGGAUGGAUGAUGGAUUCUUUGACGUGCCCAGACUUGUCCAGGUAGAUACAGGGGAUGACGGUGCUCUUCUGGUUGAUAUGGGUGGUAGUGUGGGCCAUGACUUAUCAGAAUUCCGUCGCAAGCAUCCUAAUGCUUCCGGACGAUUGAUCCUGCAAGAUCUCCCACAUGUGCUUGAGCAGGCUCGCACAAUGGAGUUGCAUCGAUCCAUUGAGAUUAUGGAGCAUGACUUCUUCACCGAGCAACCUGUCAAGGGAGCUCGCGCUUACUACAUGCACUCCGUGCUUCACGAUUGGCCCGAUGAGAAAUGCGUGGAGAUUCUCAAGAAUAUUGUCCCGGCUAUGACCCCCGGAUAUAGCAAGAUUUUGAUCAAUGAGAACGUUAUUCCGGAGACAAAUGCCUAUUGGGAGACUACUAGUUUGGAUAUUAUCAUGAUGGCAGACUUUGCUUCAACCGAGCGAACCGCUGCCAACUGGCAUGCUCUGGUAGAAGCUGCUGGCUUGAAGGUUAGCAAGAUCUGGUCCGUCCAGCGUGGUGUGGAGAGUCUGAUUGAAUGUGAGAUCGAGUGUUAA